CAAAAACCCAAAACACAAAAAAGAACAAAGCUAGAAAAGAAAGGCUAAAACAAACCUUCACCCAAAAACUAGCCUCAUUUUAACACCCCACCUUCCAAAUGCUCCGUAUUCCCUCUCUCUUCGAUUUAUCUCAGCAGGUGUUGAAUAAGUGACUUAGUUUUUGUUGUUUGAAACUAUAUGUUUGAGGAAUUGGAGUAGGCCAGUACUUGGUUAAGUGGGCGUUUUUUGGAAUUCCAUAUGGCGACUUGUGGGUCGAAAUCCAUUACGUGUUCGGAUGCUGGAAGCUCGAGGGGAGUAUUGACUGUUCUUGGAAGAAGACUCCCCACAGACAGUCAAUUGGGUAGGAUUGCUUCCGUGAAGUUCUUUGAUGAAAGGAAUGGUUCAUGGGUCAAUGGGCACAAAAUGGCGGUGUCAUGUUCGGCCAAAUUCAAGUGCUCAGCGAAUUCUCAUAGUGUUAGUAGAUCUAAUAAUAAUGACCAAUUUCUCAAUCUUCAUCCGGAAAUUUCAUUGCUUAGAGGGGGUGAUGUGAACAACAUGACGAACAGCCCGAGGAAUGAUGCAACAAGUGGAAACGUGACCGAUAGUUUGAGAGAGCCUACUAGGGUUAAUAAUUUUAAUGAAGCUACGAUCAAAGUUAUUGGUGUAGGGGGUGGUGGUUCAAAUGCAGUUAAUCGAAUGAUAGAGAGCUCCAUGAUAGGUGUCGAGUUUUGGAUUGUCAAUACUGAUAUUCAAGCCAUGAGAAUGUCUCCUGUUUUCCCAGAGAACCGCUUGCAAAUUGGUCAAGAGCUCACACGAGGUUUAGGAGCUGGUGGAAACCCGGAAAUAGGUUCAAAUGCAGCUAAAGAAAGCAGAGAAGCAAUAGAAGAGGCCCUUCAUGGAUCAGACAUGGUCUUUGUGACGGCUGGAAUGGGUGGUGGCACUGGAACAGGUGCAGCACCUAUAAUAGCAGGGAUUGCAAAGUCCAUGGGUAUCUUGACUGUUGGUAUUGUGACGACCCCAUUCUCUUUUGAGGGAAGGAGAAGGACAGUUCAAGCCCAAGAAGGAACUGCAGCUUUGAGAGAAAACGUUGAUACUCUGAUUGUCAUUCCAAAUGACAAACUAUUGACUGCGGUUUCCCCAAAUACACCUGUUACAGAAGCAUUUAACUUAGCUGAUGAUAUUCUACGCCAGGGUGUUCGUGGUAUAUCAGAUAUAAUUACGAUUCCCGGUCUUGUGAAUGUGGACUUUGCAGAUGUGCGGGCUAUUAUGGCAGAUGCUGGCUCUUCAUUGAUGGGAAUAGGAACUGCUACUGGUAAGACCCGAGCAAGAGAUGCUGCCCUCAAUGCCAUCCAAUCCCCUUUAUUAGACAUUGGUAUUGAAAGAGCCACUGGCAUUGUGUGGAAUAUUACUGGCGGAAAUGAUUUAACUUUAUUCGAGGUGAAUGCUGCAGCGGAAGUUAUAUAUGAUCUCGUAGAUCCAACAGCCAACCUGAUAUUUGGAGCAGUGAUAGAUCCUUCACUUAGUGGUCAGGUGAGCAUAACUUUAAUAGCAACUGGGUUCAAACCUCAGGAAGAAGGUGAAAGCAGGCCCCUCCAGGCAAGUCAGCAAACACAGGUAGAUGUUGGCCAAGGGUUCAACAGACGGCCAUCUUUCAGUGAAGCUAGCUCAGUGGAAAUCCCCGAGUUUCUGAGGAAGAAAGGGCGUUCGCGUUAUCCUAGAGCAUAAUUCAUUUAUUUCCAGCAUGAUUCAUCUGUCAUCUCCGAGAAGUUUCGCUAUUUAACCUGGAUAUAUAGUUUCUUCCUGUAGGUACAAGUUAUGCCUUUUCAUUUGCUGCUAUAUUUUUUUCAUUUGCUGCUAAGCGCGUACAUAAAAGCCAUUUCCUUGUUUGAAUUAUAGGGUUUUUAAAUAAUAAAUACGAAGUAGUAGCUAUUAAGUUGUUCUGUAUACCUUCAAAAGUUAACUGCGUUGUGCUUGCUAUGAUAAAUACUAAGUUUUUUUUUUUA